UACGACGAGAUUAUGUUUGAAAGACUGUUUAUAUUCUUACUGUUGAAUGGUUUUUUUCUGGCGUAUUGUGUGCCGAAAACAACUCCAGCAGAGCCAGAAGAAAAAUGUGAAGAGACCUUAGAAUUCAGAAAUUGCAAAGACGAAAAAAAAAGAAUUUUUCGUAAUCAAAAUUUGAAAAUAGUUGCUGAAUUCAGAAGAUGCAAAAACAGAGAGUACAUGUUCGAUUAUAAUGUGAUAGAUGUGGCAACAGGAGAGAUGAAUGAAAUACCGAAUAAUCCAUCGGGUCCAAUACUACUCCUCAACAAAUAUAGUCUGAAUAUAGGAAGUUACAAGAUUGUCCUCCAUGUUUAUUCAGUGAAUUCAGAUAUUUCGAUAUAUAAAGAAAAUUGUAUUCUAACUGUGGAAGCUUCUCCGCCUGUUGCAGUAAUCCAGGGUGGAUUCCAGAGAUAUGUUGGAUUGGGAAUAGAUCUUCUACUCAAUGCUUCGGGAUGUUUAGACUACAAUAGUGAAGAGCCUGCCGAUCCGACCAAUUUCGAAUAUAGUUGGAUAUAUGAUUGCGAUACUUGCAAUGGAUUCAUUACUGCAAAAGAAAAAGAUCCUGUUUUACUUAUACGUGGAACACAACAUAUGACAGAGAUGCGGUAUCUUGUCAAACUCGGCAUCCGAUCGAAAUGGUGGAAUGAAACGGUGUUCGCUCAGCAACUUGUAUAUAUUCGGAAAGAAACUCCUGGUAUAGACAUUGUGUGUGCACGCAAUUGUUUUCCCGCAUUUCGGGAAGGCAACUUGGUGCUGAUGCCGGUUUGUACCUAUCACUGCCCAAAAAAUGUUACAUGGACAUGGAAAAUAUAUAAAGUCCCGAAAGAAGAUGACGCUAUUAUAUCUGGGUCAGCAGAUUGGCAAUUUCGAUUCUCUAACACCACCGAACAACAUUUUAUAAAGCUUUCAGAAGAUGAUUUCGAUCAUGACGCUGGCUAUAUAGCUACAGCCUCUCUGAAUGAGUUCAAGGAUACUGCAGCUUCAUACAAAUUCUCUACAUUGCCAAAAUACCAGUUUUCUUGUUUAAUACAUCCAGCUGAAGGAACAGUCUUGGAAACGAAAUUCUUCAUUUCCUGUAAGGGUGAAACUUUGGGAUCCUAUUUUUGGGUUUCAGUGGCUACAGAUGACGACAGGGAACAAAUUCUAGUGUAUGACAGUUCGUGGGAGUAUCUAAUAUUCAUGAUUCCAAAGGUUGGGAAUGUUUACAUGCGCUUCACUGACUAUUCUGGCGUGGAGAACGGUAUAUUUUGGAAUCCGAAGAGCGCAUCUUUUAAUCUCCUAGAAGUUGAGAAAAAACCCGAAACUAUUUACGAUCUGUACUACAACGGUACUGAUUCAGUUGAAAAUCUACUAGCGGCACAAGAUUAUGCAGCAUUGUUGGACAAAAUGACGUUGAUAUCUAAAAGCAUCGCAAGCAUGAAUGUUUCCGAAUUCCAUAAAGUUGAGGGAGUUGCAGAGGCCCUUGUACGUGAUUUGAAAAAGGUUCCAAUGAAAGAUGCGGUGAACGUCGAAAAAGGUGCUAGUAUCAUGGACGAUCUAACAGGUGUCGACGUUAUUUUCCCGCCUAAAUUCAGUACAGAUUUCACCGCCUUCUGCGAGCAACUCGCAGAAAAAUAUAGAAGACUAGUGAAAAAUCAAUAUUUGAGUGGUAAGACAGGUGACAUGCCUGUACACACAACAGUAAGUCAGUUGAUGCAAUGCACAGCUUCCGGAAUCCGUCCAAAUAAGUUAGCCCUUGAGCAGAGGGAUGUCGAUCUGGAAAUCACAACAGUAUUCUACAUUAUUGAAGAAGGAAAUGUAAACACAGAGGUUUAUGAUGAAUACAAGGAUGACACUGAGGCUGCUCAUAACAUUGACAUGUAUAAGAACGUUACGAAUAGUUUCAUCGGUGUCUGCCUCCUGAAUGGAAGGAUUCUCUUAAGAAGACUGAUGACAUCCCAUAUUAAAAGUCAAGACACUGUGAAAUCUGAAAAGUAUAUCAUUUUGGUCACUAGAAAAUUUGGUUAUAAAAUUGUUCUAGCUCCAUUGGAAAUUCUUGGAGUGAAAUUAGCUUUCUCGAAAGAUCUUGUAGAUAGCGAGGAAAUAUAUUCUGUGAUUAUGUGUGCUACCUCAGAUGAUAUUUUCUGGUGGCAAGAUGCCAUUGAAAUAGUCAGCGACAUUCUCAUCAUCACCAUAAAAUAUGGCAAAACAAUAAUAUCCCAAUUCCAUAAACCCUUCGAAAUAAAAUUUUCAUUGAAAAGGAAACCUCAAAUCAGACAUCCUCUCUUGAUAUCCCCUAUAAGAAUGACACAGCUCUCGAGAGAUCCCGAAGAACCCGGUGAAGAGCAAUUGGCUAUAUACGUGAUACCGUUGGAAGCUGGAUAUUCUUUGGCUGUUGAAUUUCCGGACAUAGAUGAAGACUUGCUGCUCAACGUGGUAUGCACAACCUUCAAGUUGCCAACAUUGUCUGAUUUCAAAGGAGACAUGCAAAUGAUUACCGACGAAUUCAACUACUAUCUGAAUGAAGAAGUGUAUGAUUAUGAUACUUUUCGUUUACUGGCUGUAAUGGCGAGUCCUUUAAAUGAGCUGCGCAAGGAUGAAGUGUUCGAAUUUGGAAUGUACGCAUAUGCCGUCACAUGUGUGAAAUGGGCAAACAAACAAAAAAGAUGGAUCCCAGGAUGCAGGGCUAAGUUCCUGGAAAAUAUGGUUGUUAUCUGCUCUUGUGAAACUUUGUCGACAAUUACAACUUCAGUCAAAAAUAUUCCUAUCAAGAAGUGGCAAGACUAUAUACCUCUACCUGUAGACCUGGAGGAGCAACAGUGCUACGAUAUGUGCAUUGCUGUUGGAUUGGUGUUCCUGUUAUAUUCCAUAGCGAUUUGCUUUGUUGUCUUGGAAAAAGAUAACGUUAUGAAAGCUAUUUAUUUCCUAAGCGAUGUGGUACGUGACGACAGAUUCGGAUAUCUAAUCAUUAUAAACACUUCAUUUCGAUUGGGAUCUGGAACAACCUCUAAUGUCAUGAUCAGAUUGAAAGGACUAAAAGGUAGCAGCGAGCCACAUGUACUCAACUACCCAGACCCACUGAUGCUUUUAUUGCAGAGGCGUGAAGAAAACUGGUUCAUUCUGGCCACACGGAAAAAUCUAGGGCCGAUAACAGAAGUAGAACUUUGGAUAGACGGAGUGGGGUCCGAUCCAUCUUGGAAUUGCAGCAACAUUGCAGUGUUUGAUCUUCAACAUAAGAUGUGGUAUCGCUUCAAAAUUAAGCAGGCAUUUACAAUAUAUCCAAAACCAAGGGUAUACCUGAGAUCCUUUUCUAUUGAUGAAAAGAAGGAUCGAACUUCUAUCGGGGUCAUCCACUAUAUUUUCAAGAAAUGUCUUCCAACAUUCCAGAUGUUCAACUUCAGCCUAAGGCAAACAGACGAAUCUUUAUCAUACAUCAAGAGACUAAGUACAAUGCUUUGCACUUUUACUUCUAUAGCCAUAUGGUGUAUAGUUAUAGACGGUUUUCCGCUUGAAAAUCCGACUGACAGCAUAAUGAAAUCCUGCACAUAUACUAUUAAUGUCGGGAAUAUGAUAAAUGGCAUUGGAGGAUGUAUAACAACAGCGUUUUAUCAUAUUCCGAUUAAAUACUUUUUUAUAACUUCGCAAGUAGAGAAACCCUAUUAUCCUCUUCUACAAAAAUCCAGGAAACCUGUGAUUUUCUCCGUCAUUUGUUGGUUGAUCACGAUUAUUUUGAUCAUUUUCAACAUAAGCUUCAUAAUAAUACUUGGAGUAUGGAUUCCACACGUCAAAUCACUGAUACUGCUCACUGAAGUCCUCAUUGGAAUGAUAUUUUACAUUUUCGUGGUGGAUACAAUUGGUAGCAGCUGCAUAGGACUUAUACAUGGCGAUAUGGAGAUAACUCACUAUCUACAAAAAUCUCUCCGAAUCGUACUUGAAGAUAUAGAAAAACAACGAAUGAUAUUAUACAGAGUGUUCGGGAAAUAUCUGCUAAGGCCGUUCUUGGAACAUUUAUACACCCCUUUGCAUGGAACAGCUCUCAGGAUUUUAUGGCAUACAGAAAAAAUACGAUAUGAAGUGAAGGAAUUAGUGCACGAUCUGAUCAUGUUUCUCAUAUACAUAAGCCUAAUGUAUAUGGUUAUUUUGGCGAGUAGAGAUUACCGAAGUGUUUAUAGCAACCAGCAAGUUAAAAAUCUUGUUGCUGGCUUUGCAACAAGGACAUUUCCAUUUGAUAAAGUUGUUUCCCCGGCAACUUUCGAUAAAUACGUACAAAAAACAUUAAUAGAAGCUACCCAAUCUAAAAUAUGGUAUGGGACCUAUGCUGUCAGAGAUCCGGGUAUGACUGUUGAUUACGCCAAUAAAAUGCUAGGUGUGGUCCGCAUACGACAGCACCGAUCUCAACGUCAUAGUUGCUAUGUGCCGGAACCAAUGAGUUUUCUCAAUCUGACUUGUGUAGCUGAUUAUUUUCGAAGUCAAACACAGGAGGAUUUCGGCGAAGAAUGGAAUGAGGCAGAAGAUCCCCCUACAGAAGGAAGAAUGAAGAAUAUUUGGCGAUUUUCACCAAGUAACGAAACCGGUUCAUCAGCCUACAUUGGAAAACUCGGAAUAUAUCCUGGUGGAGGGUAUGUGGCUUUUUUAGGUCGCGGUAUGAAAAAUUCUCUGGUUAACUACGCAUACUUACGGGAAUGUGGUUGGAUAGAUAUGAUGACCAGAAGUAUUUUCGUUGAAUUUCUGCUUUACAAUGCAAAUUUCAAUAUAUUCAACGCUGUUCGAUAUACAAUCGAGAAGAGUAGUUUGGGCUACUUGAAGAAGGAAGUUGAUAUUGAAACAUCAAAAAUGUUACUAUUGGACAACGAAUCUUUAGUAGCGAUCCCAGUGCUUCUGGGACUCUUCAUAUUCUUAGUAUUAAUUUUCUCUGUAAGAACGGUCAUUCGAAUCAAAAGAACCCGCACCUGGUACUUCAGAGAUUUAUGGCAUUUUGUGGAUAUUAUCCUCAUUUUGCUGAGUUUGGGAUGUGUUUGGAUGUUCCAUCGUAGAUCAUUGGAGGUCGGUAAACUCUUAACAUCUUUAGAAGGCAAAGAUCCCAAGGAAUUCGUCAACUACUUCGCCCUGUUAGAAUUGGAUAGUACUUUCACAGUAUUAUGCGCAAUUUUGAUAGCUGUUGCUACUAUCAAGCUAUGGGGCCUAUUCAGGUUCAUUAUAAUAUUCAGGGUUGUGGAAAGAACCUUCAGAAUCUCUUUCAUACCACUUUGUGCCCUAUUUUUCUACAAUACUAUCGUGAUAUUGGCCUUUGCCUUUUUCGGUUUUCUCCUGUUCGUCGAUCACUCGUACAGAUUUGAAGGGUAUUUUAACACAGUAGAGUUCCUGAUCAUUUUGAAUUUGAGACCUUUCGAAGGUGAUGAGAUAGACAUGCUAAUUGAGCCUAAACUUGGCUUUGGCUACGUCUUCUAUGUAUCCUACGCGUUGGCUGUUAAACUCUUCAGUUGUAUCUAUACAGCUCUGAUAAUCAUUUACUACGCUAAAGCUCAAGAAUAUUAUUCUAAUCGAUCGGAAAUCUAUUCUGUGUGGGACCAUUUCAAAGAACAAUUUCUCUUCUUCUACAACCUGUGGAAGUUAAGACUGAAAUCUUUUAGGCUCGGUGGAGGCACUGACGUUAAUAAAUCCUCCAUCCCAGUGACUCCAAAGGCAGACGAAUUCCGAUAUGCAGAAUCGGUUACUCUCAGCGUGGAAAAAAUAAAGGCCAUGUCCCUAGUGAGUUUGUGCGUUAUAAGAAAUUUUGAUCCCAAGCGAAAACCACUUACUCAAAAAGAUAUCCGAAUUAUGACAUACGCAUUGUUUUAUCUCAAGAAGAUAAAACAUAAAUCUGCGGACGCAGAGGAAGCGGAGAGAUUUUUCAAGGCUCCUUUGGGAAGGAACAAAGUAAAAUUGAUUCAUGAGAUUAUUUUGAAGAAAAUUGAAGCGGCGACUGACAUAUUGUUGGGAAAAUCUUUACUAGAAACUAUGAAAGGCAUGAAUAUCAAAAGGGAUGAGAUUUUGAUGGAAGAGAAUUUUGCCCAGAUAAAGAGAAUGAAACAGAAUCUAUCAGUAAUGUUUGAAACUGUUCAGAAAAUUAGCGUCAACAUACGACCGCGCAGGAAUGAAUAGUAAUUUUAUGUAAUUUUAUUAAUUCUUUUAUCAUGUAGAGAAAUAAACUAAUAAUAUAAUAAUCUUAAGUCA